AUGAGGAUGUACAUGAGGACCAGGAGAGGAUCUGCAGCUCGCUACCAUGUGCCAGAGGAGAGGUCUGCUUCUCUGCAGGAUUUUUCAAGGAUGGGCGCUAACAACGCAGCACAGGAGAACUUGUACCAGAACAGGUUUCUCGGACUCGGACUAGCAGCAAUGGCAUCCCCGUCACGUUCGUCCCAGAACCGCCGGCGCUGUAAGCACCCGAUCCGCCACAGCUACAAUCCCGAGCAGUUCCCUAACGUCAACUUCCAGAACGGCUUUCCCGAGGUCGUGGCGACUAUGCACCGCUCGACCAGCGACACAGACCUGGUGACAUCACACAGCCGUUCAACGCUCACCGUCAGCACCUCGCUCUAUGCCAUCGGUCAGACCCAGGACAUCCUCAUCUGCUGGAACAUCAAGGAGGAGGUGGACGCUGGGGACUGGAUCGGCAUGUACCUCAUCGAAGAAGUUUCGUCUGAGAACUUUCUAGACUACAAGAGCCGCGGAGUGAAUGGUUCGCAUAAGGGCCAGAUAGUGUGGAAAAUUGAGGCCAACUCCUAUUUUGUGGAGCUGGAGACCAAGAUCUGUUUUAAAUACUAUCAUGGUGUGAGCGGGGCACUGCGUGCCACCACCCCCAGUUUGACUGUGAAGAACCCCUCAGUUCCGGUGUUUAAGCCCAUCACCAAUGAAGAAGUCCCCCAGAGCACAGGCAGCAGAAGACUCAUUAGCUUCUCCCUCUCAGAUUUCCACGCCACGGGGCUGAAGAAAGGGAUGUUCUUCAACCCUGACCCCUACCUGAAGAUCGCCAUCCAUCCCGGCAGGAACAGCAUCUUUCCAGCGCUGCCACACCACGGCCAGGAGAAACGCUCAGGCAUCGUCUGUAACACCAUCAACCCCCGCUGGCAGAGAGAGCGCUUCAACUUUGUGUCUCUGCCCACGGACGUUCUGGAGAUCGAGGUGAAAGAUAAGUUUGCCAAGAGUCGUCCCAUCAUCAAACGUUUCCUGGGCAAGCUGUCCAUGCCUGUGCAGCGGCUACUGGAGAAGCAUGCUAUUGGUGACCGUGUGAUCAGCUACACACUAGGCCGAAGGCUGCCGACGGAACAUGUCAGUGGACAGCUGCAGUUCAGAUUUGAGAUCACUUCCUCCAUUCAUCCAGAUGAUGAGGACAUGUCUCUCAGCACGGAGCCUGAGUGUGCCGCUGUGCAGGAGAACCAAGGGGAAGGCCAGUCCUCCCAGGCCCAAGGCCAGGCAGAGGACACCAUGAGCCUGGGUCCGGGGGCUCCUGAACUCCCCAUGGAUGAGGAGGAAUAUACUGGAGCUCCAGAACUCCCUAUUGGAGGGGAUACAGAUACUGACACUCCCAUGGAGGGGGAUCCAGCAAGGCCUUCGAGUUCAAAGCAGCCCACAGAUGGAGAUGGAGACUCAGGGCCUGGCUGUUCCAGAGCUGAGGCCCAAAAAACAGAAGCAAGCAAACCAGAAGUCCAUGGUGCUCACGGGGAGGCAGUUGUGGCUGUAGCUGUUUCUGCAGAGAAGCUACCCACAGUAGAGGAGAACAGUGAGGAAGGGGACCAGCAGACCCCCACUAGUCCUCAGGCUGCUGUCCCAGAGGAGCAGAGGGCUAUUGGACAGGAGGCUGAGUGGGCAGAGGGGGUGGACAGUGCCCCAGUAGAUGGUCAGUUCAGCUCUGCAGUACACUCUGCUGUAGUGCAGGACAUGGAGAGUGCAGCGUUUGGAGUCUCUCGAGGGCCAGCAGAACAGCAGGCAGUGGGGCAGGAAGAGGGGGGCGAGGACUGCUGCUCCCUGCGCGUCAGGACCACCCCUAGGCGUAAGAACCGGCCCUGCUCCCUGCCUGUGUCCGAGCUGGAGACAGUCAUCGCCUCGGCUUGCGGGGAGCCUGAAACCCCUCGCUCACACUACAUCCGCAUCCACCACCUCCUCCAUAGCUUGCCCUCUGCCCAGCCAGAGACCCAGGAGGACGGGGAGGGAGAGCAGGCUGAGAUGGAGCCCGACUCGGACCCAGAUCCAGACCCAGACCCAGGCCCUGACCAGCUAAGCCCCAGGGACCAGGAUGGCUCAGAAGAGGAUGAGAAGGCCGAGCCCCUGACCCCUGGCCCAAGGAGGACCCUGCCCCGCAGCUUGUCCAUCGAGCGUCUGUCCGACCUGGCCUUGCUGCUGGACAGCGAGGGCCGCCACCCCCAGGGCCAGGUCAGGGGUCACGAGAGAGUGUCCGACGAGGAUGACAUGGAGCCCUGCUGUAGUAACUCAUGCUACGAGGGCCGAGUAUGCCACACCCGGGCACCUCUACUGGCUGCAAGCAGGACAUCUGAGGGGAGCAGUGCUUUCUCCUCCCAAGAGGAUGAGGACAUGGAGGUGAACGGAGCAGAGAGCAGGGAGCCAGGAGAUGGGAUGCCCCAAUGGCAAGAGGCCCCAUCCACGCAGGUCCAGAGCCCCCAGAGCUUCAUGGGAAAUGGAGAGUCACCCGUGGCUGGGCCCAGUGGGAGGAUAGGACGAGAUUGUCCCUUACCUUCCAGUCAUCCUCCAGUUAGCCAGCUUCCUGCUCUGCGUCCUGAUUCCCAUCACUACCCCACCAUCGAUGAACCACUGCCACCAAACUGGGAGGCACGUGUGGACAGCCAUGGUCGUGUGUUCUAUGUGGACCACAUCAACAGGACCACCACGUGGCAGAGACCCACUUCAGCAGCCACGCCCGACGGCAUGAGGAGGUCCGGAUCCGUUCAGCAGAUGGAACAGCUCAAUAGAAGGUACCAGAGCAUCCAGAGGACCAUGGCCACAGACAGGAGUGAGAAUGAAGGAAGCAGAAGCAGGAGUGAGAGAACAAGCCUGAACAACAACAGCAGUGAGCCUGACUCUCCUCCAAUGGCUAAUGGUGAUACUACAUACAUACAACAUUGUACAUAACAGUCACCAUUCAGUGAAUUUUUCCUUUGUUUCUCCUGGUGUGUGUGUGUAGAGCUGAGAAGAGACAGCUCCUCCUCAUCAUCAUCAUCUCCAGUCAACAGUCAGAAAAUCACAGCUCUGCUACAGAGCCCAGCGGUGAAGUUCAUCACACACCCAGAGUUCUUCACUGUCCUCCACGCCAACUAUGGGGCCUAUCGCAUGUUCACCAGCAGUACGUGCCUGAAGCACAUGAUCCUGAAGAUUCGUAGAGAUGCUCGUAACCUUGAGAGGUACCAACACAACAGAGACCUGGUCACCUUCCUCAACCGCUUCGCUGACGCCCAGCUGGAACUGCCCCGGGGCUGGGAGAUCAAGACUGACCCUCAGGGCAAGAACUUCUUUGUGGACCACAACAGCCGGGCGACCACGUUCAUCGACCCCAGAAUCCCCCUGCAGAACGGUUGCCUGCCCAACCACCUGACCCACAGGCAGCACCUGCAGAGACUACGCAGCUACAGCGCAGGAGAGGCCUCUGAGGUCUCCCGUAGUCGAGGUGUGGCCUUGUUGUCACGGCCAGGGAACAGUGUGGUGGCAGCAAUACGGAGUCAGCAUCCCCCAGACCCAGUGCCACAAGCUUAUAAUGAGAGGAUAGUGGUCUUCCUGCGUCAGCCUGGAAUACUAGAAGUUCUAACGGAGCGCCAGCCAGCCCUGUCCAGGAACCAUUCCCUGAGGGAAAAGAUCCACUACAUCAGAACAGAGGGCACCCAAAGACUGGAGAAACUGGCUUGUGAUGCAGACCUGGUGAUACUAUUGAGCUUGUUUGAAGAGGAAAUCAUGUCAUAUGUUCCACCCUCCUUCCAUCCUGGCUUCAGCUUCUCUCCUCGUUGUUCACCUGGGUCUUCACCACAGAGUUCUCCAGGAAUGUCGAGAGCGAGAGCACCUGCCCCGUACCGGAGAGACUUUGAGGCCAAACUACGCAACUUCUACAGGAAACUGGAGGCUAAAGGCUAUGGCCAGGGCCCAGGAAAAAUCAAGCUUAUUGUCCGGAGAGACCACCUGUUGGAGGGUACCUUUAACCAGGUCAUGGCCUACUCACGCAAGGAACUACAGAGGAAUAAGCUCUACAUCACCUUCAUAGGAGAGGAGGGGCUGGACUACAGUGGGCCGUCCAGAGAGUUCUUCUUCCUGCUGUCUCAGGAGCUGUUCAACCCCUACUACGGCCUGUUUGAGUACUCAGCCAACGACACGUACACCGUCCAGAUCAGCCCCAUGUCCGCCUUCGUAGAGAACCAUCUGGAAUGGUUCCGGUUUAGUGGGCGUAUUUUGGGACUGGCGUUGAUCCACCAGUAUCUCCUGGAUGCCUUCUUCACGCGGCCCUUUUACAAGGCUCUCCUCAGACUAGCCACUGACCUGAGUGAUCUGGAGUAUCUAGAUGAGGAGUUCCAUCAGAGUCUACAGUGGAUGAAAGACAAUGACAUCACUGAUGUGCUGGACCUUACCUUCACUGUGAAUGAGGAAGUCUUCGGACAGGUAACAGAGAGAGAGCUGAAGUCUGGAGGGGCCCACAUUAAUGUGACAGAAAAGAAUAAGAAGGAGUACAUUGACCGCAUGGUGAAGUGGAGGGUGGAGAGAGGAGUGGUCCAGCAGACAGAGGCACUGGUCAGAGGCUUCUAUGAGGUGGUGGACUCACGGUUGGUGUCAGUGUUCGAUGCCAGAGAGUUGGAGCUGGUCAUUGCUGGGACAGCUGAGAUAGACCUCAACGACUGGAGGAACAACACAGAGUAUAGAGGAGGCUACCAUGACAGCCACAUAGUGAUCCGGUGGUUCUGGGGGGCAGUGGAGCGCUUCAACAAUGAGCAGAGGUUGCGUCUGCUGCAGUUUGUGACGGGCACCUCCAGUGUUCCCUACGAGGGCUUCACCGCGCUACGGGGCAGCAAUGGCCUGCGACGCUUCUGUAUCGAGAAGUGGGGCAAGAUCACCGCUCUACCCAGGGCACACACAUGCUUCAACCGGCUGGAUCUCCCUCCGUACCUUUCCUACACCAUGCUCUAUGAUAAACUGCUUAUCGCUGUGGAGGAGACCAGCACCUUUGGCCUUGAGUGA